AUGAUAUCUUUCCAUAAUAAUAGUCCAAUGCUUUUGAGUGGUCCAAAUAUUGAAAGGAAACCUUUAAAAGGAACACAAGAGCAACUUAAAAAAGAAAUUAGAGACUUUCUUUCUGAAAAAUAUAAGGGUGGUUCAGGUUCAGUUGACCAAUUUGCAGACAUUUUGUCUACUUAUAUUAGUGCCGAUUCAACCAUUAAAAAAAUGAUGACAAAUUUUGACAUUCCAAUAGAGCUUGUUCGUAGUGGAUAUAUUUUGAUUUCUCGAUUUUUUAAAGUGGAAGAAGCUGAAGUAAUUGACAAAUAA